GGCUGCGCGCGCGCAUGCCGCCGCCGGCGGCUCCGGAGGGGGCCCCGGGACCGGGACGAGCGGCGCGGCCUGUCCAUAACCUCACCCCUUCUGUAACCCUCCCGCUUUAACCAGCCCCCCGCUUCCUUACCGGGAAGCUCGGAAGGGCCACCCCCACCCCCGCCCCUCUUCCAUUUUCCUCCCCAUCCCCCGCCGUCCCGGCGGCUCCGCCCCCCUUCCCGCUCCACCCCCCCCAUUCGGGUGGGGGUGUCCGGUUGUGUCCAGCCGUAGCAGAGGCCGUUGAGGUGCCGUGGUGCGUUUUAAAGUUUGGCUUGGAACUUCCCCCGUCUUCAGCGCCGUCCCGUGUUGGUUGGAGGGACGAAGCGGUGCUGCCGUUCCGGAGAGCUCUGAGCAGUGCUGCUGAAGCAAUUGCGUUCCCCUCCUCUCUAAUGUCCUCUUGGUGACCAGGAUCUUGUUUUCACUAUGAGCAGUGAGUUGUCUUGUACGAGUUGGCUCCAGCAGAAAAUGCACAUUAUGAGCCUGUUCCCCGCUCGGAUUUCUGCGGCUGGGCUGAACGUGUAAGCACAGCUAUGGCAACCAGGGUGGAGAUCAGUUCGCCUUUGGCGUCGCUGGCGGCGGUGCCUGACCUGAAGGAGCUGCGGGGCGAGGAGAAGGCGCAGCGGGUGUACGUCAGUGUGCUUUCGGACGCCGCUAGCAAGGCGAAGGAGGCUUCGGCAGCUCUGGCUCUGGAGGGGAGCGGCAGCAAGUUUGGCAGCGCUUUGAGAUCUGCAGCCAUGCCCUCGCUAGGCUCCAGGCCGAGGCUUUUCCCCAAGCCUUUCUCUAAAGAGAAGCCUUCAGAUGCUUUUGCCAACGUCAAGCCCCCGGUCCCGGCUGUCAGGUCAAGUAGCCUCCUUCGGAAGGGCCCCGAAGAGACUUCCCCUGGCAAGGCGCUAAGCGGCAGCGUUCCUCCGCUGCUCGACCAGAAAGCCAUGGAAAGCGAGAGCAAGGCUGGCGGGGAAGUGGUCACCAAUGUGACCUUCUACACCGGUCCCACCGCCAACACUGUCAUCCUCUUCGAGGCAGCGGGCACGGAGCAGUCGCAGGUCAGCCUGGCCCAAGGGAAAAGGGCUGCUGAGGAGUGCAGGGUGUUCAGUUCUGUGCACACCAAGGAGCUUCAGUGCACCUCGAGGCUGGAGAAAGCGCCCGAGACCCCCAGGAAUCCUGAAGGGUCUCUUCACAGGCAGGUAUCGUUUUGCUCCAGCCUUUGGCCGGUCACUUGGAACUCCCUCAAAAGCGGGGACAAGAAAGAGGCUCACGAGGUUCACCCUGGGGAGAACAGCAGCAACAGCAAGGCUGAGCUCUCUCUUGAUGUGCAGCAAAGGCCAAAGCACAGACCAGUUUCUGCCAUCUUUCUGGAAUCCUUACGAGACCAAAAGCACCGCACCCUGGAGGCUUCCGAGGAAAAGUCUCCUGCAGACAAAUCCUGGCCUAGAAAACCAAGACCUCUGUCCAUGGACCUGACAGCCAAGUUUGAACAGAAAGAUCCUCCUGCCUGCAAGAAGCCUUCCUCCCCUCACGAGAGCAAGGAGAACCUCUCAGUCGUUUCUUUGACUGAUGUGGGCUGUCAGGAUCAGUCUGAAACGGGGCCAAAAAGUGAUGAAAUGGAACUUGCUAAGAGUGGUUCUUGUAGAACCAGCUUGAAGUGCAGCAGCCAGGAUGUUGGCAUCCUAAAUAAUGCAAAAUACACGUGGGAAACGAAGCUGAAAGCUAAAAGUGAGCCAAGUGAGCCAAAACCAGAAGCAACGCUGGGGGCUGAAAGAAGCCAGGAGAGCACUGCCCUGCAGCUUCCUCAGAAAAAGAGAGUAGCAUCCUGA